UAAAUUUGACUCUAAUGGCGUCACAUUAUCCAGACGCUGUAGAAUCAGACUCGUCGCCGUGAAUUAUUCGAGUGGAAUGACCUCAAAACGGAUAUCUAUUAUUAUCCUACGUAGGUCAAAUUCGCUUGUGUUGCCAAAACAACACCUCCCAAUAUUGUGUAUAUCGAAUCGGAACAAAAAGAUUGACAAUGUAGAGAAUGCCAACAGCCAAACUGGGCAAUAAAAUAUAGAGGCGAGGGUGUAAAAAAAAACAGCAGCCAUUGUCACCAACGGGACAUUUUCACGCUCUAGCGACCGUCGUCUCUCCUAACUGGGCCUCCAGUUGUUUCGAAAGCAAACAAAACACUUUUUUUUGUUAUGACCACUCCCUUUCCGCUGUUAUGAAACAUAUCAGCCAUACUUUUAGCGGUUUGUUUGAGCAAAUUUGCCAAGCUUCCGCCAGCUUGACAUCGAAAAUUCUAUGUCCUUCUGUUUGAUCAACUCAAUAAAAAGUCGGUCAUGCCUUUGGGGUAGUACACUAUGACCUUGCAGUAACCUGUAGUCCCGCUCGCCAUGACGCAACCCGAGUGUAAACGCACGUCGGCCCCUUUUGAGUUGGUAGCUGGAGCUCGAGAUUCACGCAUGCUCGAUAGCCAACUAUCGCUCUAGUACCCCGUUGCCUCUGUGCGACUAUACUGUUAGAGUCUCUACUAAACUGCUCUCCUUCUUUUUUGUUAGCUUUCUCCUAUUUUUCGUUCUCUCCCCCGUCGUUGCCUUAGCAACACCCUCAUGCGACCGCCCUUGUGACGCCCUUUCGGCGUCCUUGCAGUCGCAGUCGGCCACACGAACUUGCUAGUUACGUGACUCUUUCGCCACGAGAAAAGGGAGCAUUCAAAGCUUCCUUCCCUUAUUGGCAACGAUGUGUUUGUUGUCAAUCAAAAACGAGUCAUUUGACGAUCAAAUUAUUAUUGGGAAAGGCUCCUAUUUGCCGGUACACUUAAAGUGUUAUUCAGCGAGCGUAGCUCAUUGAAGACAUUAGACCAGACUGAACUGGCUGUCCCGACUGAGUUCUAAUUCUGAUUGAGACUUCCAUUGGGUUGACACGUGAGACCGGAGCCGAUCCUACGUGUACAAAGCACAAGCGUUGGCCCAGCGCCCCACCACACACAGUUCGACUCUAGCUGACUCGUUGCCCAGCUGCAGUAGUGAGUCGACAACGUUCGUCCCGAGCAGACGCUUUUCACUUCUCUCACUUUCACGCGGGAUCGAUCGAUAAGUUACAUCCUAAUAGCCACAAGGCUUUCUGUCAUUUCAGUGAACGCUUUGAGUGAUCGACAGCACAGCAGAACAUCAUGGCCGAAGGCGGACCAUGUGUCCCGGCUCGUUACAUCUUCACAGCUUUGGUUUCUAUCGGCCUGGCAAUUAUUUAUGGACUCAAAGUCAACUUGAGUGUAGCUAUCGUUGUUAUGAUCAACUCGACAGAGUUGGCUCUGAUGAAAUUAACUGAAGAUGACCACCAUAGCAGUCAUCAUGGAUCCAAUGAAUCAAUGUCCAUUAAUCCGGAAUUCGCCUGCCCGGCUCCCGAUACAGGAUCAAACGUUACCGUCGUUGCGCAGGACGGGCCAUUCGCAUGGCCAGAGCCGACCCAGGGAUUGGUACUAGGUGCCUAUUUCUGGGGUUACAUCCUGACUCAGAUUCCUGGUGGUAGAGUGGCCGAAAUGUUCUCUGCCAAGUGGGUCAUCUGGGGCUCCGUUCUCAUUAACGUCGUUUUUACAAUCCUGACACCUGUGGCAGCGAAUAUCAGUUACAUUGCCGUCCUCGUUGUCCGCUUCGUUGAAGGUCUCGGCGCUGGAGUGUCUCUUCCGGCCAUUCACGUCAUGCUGACCAAAUGGGCUCUUCCUCAAGAGCGAAACAUGAUCUCUUCUUUAGCCUACGCCGGUAUGGCACUGGGCACAGUCAUUUCACUCCCGUUCUCGGGUAUUUUGGCCGCCGCGUUCGGAUGGGAAUCGGUUUUCUACGUCCAAGGAGGUCUCGCUAUGGUUUGGUGCGUAUUGUGGCUCGUUUUCGUCUACGAUUCCCCUCAAGAUCAUCCGCGCAUCCAUCCGGCUGAAUUGGAACUUUUCGAAUCGUGUAUGGCGGGUGGUGGCGGUGGCCACGGGCAUUCGAACUUGCCCGUCCCGUGGAAAGCUCUUUUGAAAUCCGGUCCCUUCUGGGCUAUUCUUAUCGCUCACUCUUGCAACAAUUUCGGAUGGUACAUGCUCCUCGUUGAAUUGCCAACCUACAUGAAACACAUUCUUCGGUUCAACAUUAGUGAGAAUGCUUUGCUCUCGGCCGUACCCUACCUGUCGCUUUGGAUCUUUAGCGUCAUCUGGAGCAACCGUUUGGAUUGGGCUAAAAGCAAGGGAUGGAUCUCCACCACUACUGUCCGAAAACUAUCCACUGCCGUCGGAUCGCUCCUUCCGGCAUUGUGCUUCGUCGGAGUCAGUUUUGCCGGAUGUGAUCGUCAAGCUGCUGUUGCUCUCAUGACCCUCGGCACCAUGUUCAUCGCCGGAAUGUACUGUGGCUUCCUCUCCAAUCACAUUGACAUCGCUCCCAACUACGCCGGUACUCUUAUGGCUUUGACCAACACGGCCGCCACCAUCCCAGGCUUCAUUGUUCCCGUCUUUGUUGGCGAAAUGACCCACGGAAACCAAAGUCUCGGCCAGUGGCAGAUCAUUUUCUUCACGACGUCCGCCAUUUUGCUGGUUGAAUUGGUCAUGUACACGUUUUUGGCUUCGGGUGAAGAGCAGCCGUGGAACAAGGCUUACACCGGCGGAGCUGACGGAAAGAACGGCGCUCAUUUGUCGCCGGAGGAGGAGAAACUAAACAAGACGAGUCGCGCUUAAAAAAACAAAAAUUGAAAUUUUUGUGUUUGGCGCGUUCUACUAUAAUAUCGUGAAAGCCGAAAUGGAAAGAUCUAAACAAAAUCUCGAGAAAGAAUCUUCGUCAAUCAUAUAGACGCCACAUUUUUCUCUUCCUUGUUGUUCUUUGUCAUUCAGUUUCAAUAAGAUUUGACUUGAAUCAUUUUUAGUUUCAUUACAAACUCGUGAUUGACUUCAAUUGUUAUUGGAAAUGUGUGCUUAGUUCGGCUCCUCUCUGCUGCAAUAGUAUAAAAAAAGCUAAUUGGAUAUUAGGUAACAUCAUUGUGUUCUGUUAAUUGUGUGUGGCACUUUGUAACAUAUUUAAGAUAAAGACACUUCCGCGUGUUCCGUAUUUUCUGGUGAAAUCAAUCUCAUUGUUAAAUCAUUUAUUCAUAUAUAAUCAAGGAGGCUGAAAACAAAUUUUUUUUUUUUUUUGCCAAAUAAACGCACUGGUUUGUGCCGA